AGGGGAGGCGGAUUCCCAUAAGUAAGGCUGUAGAAAACCCUACUGCUACUGAGAUUCAGGAUGUCUGUUCAGCAGUUGGACUGAAUGCAUUUCUGGAGAAAAACAAAAUGUACUCCAGAGAGUGGAACCGUGAUGUUCAGUACAGAGGCAGAGUUCGGGUACAGCUCAGACAGGAAGAUGGCAGCCUGUGUCUUGUACAGUUCCCAUCACGUAAGUCAGUGAUGCUAUAUGUAGCAGAAAUGAUACCCAAGCUAAAAACAAGAACACAAAAAACAGGAGGUGCUGACCCAAGUCUUCAACAAGGAGAGGGGAGUAAGAAGGGAAAAGGAAAGAAGAAGAAAUGAUGUGUGUGAGCAUGGUGUGAGCAUUGAGCACACAGUCCUACUGUGAGAGGCAUGGGCUUCUCUGGGAGUGAGGGAGCAGCUGUCGUUUGUGUCAUUUAACUGAACUGUGAGCAAGUGUGUCUCCCAUCUUCAUCAACAGAGUUAACAGUGAGAUAAGUUUACAUCAAAAGUCUGCAUCUAGCUUUUAUACUGUAAAAAGGAAAAAUUGUGUGGAAGAAAGAAGAAUAUUUUUAACAGAUAAUGACUGUCCCAUAAGUUACUUGAAAUUCUGUAUCUGUUUGUCCUCUAUGUAAACAUAUGUUUCAGGUAAAUAAGUUUAAUAAAAUUUAAAAUACACAUUUUGUUCACAUUUUAAGUUAAUGAAAUAAAAACAUUUAAACUGA